AUGUGUCAAACUACAACAGUUUUAUUUCAUACAUUUAAUCAAUAUUUCUAUAUACCAUAUAAUAUUUUAAUGAAAAAUUAUUUUACACUAAUUCAACAAAUUCCAUAUAUCAAAGUAACAAAGAAGAAUGAAAGUGUUGUGGAAAGUGAAGUUGUUGAAAAUCAAAAUGAAGGUCAAAACUUUCAACGAGUUUUUGUUUUUGAAUAUCAAUCAUUGAACUAUUUUAUUAUAUUUACAUUAUUUACAUGUAUGGCUUACUUUAACACUUUUACAAACAUUGGAAUUUUCAGUUAUUUAGUUCAAUUUGCACUUGGGUUCUGUAUGUUAAUUUUACAAUUUUGGUUGUCAAAAGUAGUACAAAAGAGAAAGUACUUUGCAAUUUCAUGCAUUUUGAUAUUUACAGGACUAUUCUUGUUGAGAGUUUUUGUGAGCAAUACUCUCACUCAAUACUUUUUAGCCUUUGUUUUCAUUCUAUUUAUUACACCAGUAUCUAAGUUCUUGUACAAGAGUUUACCUUUACUCAUUCCAGAUCAAACCCUUCUUCAAUUUGCUUUCGUAUGGUUGGUUUCUCUUCAAAUGCUUGGUGUGAUUGCUUUCUUUUUGAGAGGUUGUGUUUAUGUGUAUUUCUACAUUUGA